AUGAUUUUGACCAAGUAUCAGAGGGCCUUGGGAGCUUACCAAUCAAAGUCUAGUAACCCCUCGCACAUCACAUCAGUUGCCUACAAUGAGACGAACCCAACGGCAAAACCUGAGCCUAAACCCGAAAACGAACUCGGGGCUCAACCGACACCGCCCGUAGUAGCGACGGGCGGCGGAACGGCGAGCGACCCGAAUGAGAUUGGCUGGAAUGACCUGGAUGAUCCGAACAACCCGCGGAACUGGUCCGUACGGAAAAGAGCUUACACAAUUGGUGUUGUUAUGGCAGUCCUUAUGACAACAUCUACAGCCUCUUCUGCUAUUGCUCCGGCGGUGCCUCAGGUACUCGCAGACUUCCAUACAGAUGACACAUUCUCAGGAACACUCAUCGUCUCGAUCGAGCUACUGGCAUUCGGCUUUGGGCCUCUUAUCUUUGCUCCACUCUCCGAAGUCUAUGGCCGCCGCAUUAUCUACUGCCUUGCGAACUUUGGCUUCAGUGUUGUCACCGUUGGCUGCGCCCUGUCGCCCAACCUCCAGUUCCUGAUAGGAUUUCGUUUCCUGCAGGGGCUGGCCGCCUCAUGCGCAACCAGCCACGGUGGGGGUACCAUAGGUGACCUGGUGCCCACCCAUCACCGUGGUGCCGUCACUUCGGUAUAUACGGGGGCGCUCCUGUUUGGCCCUACACUCGGACCCAUAUUCGGGGGCUACCUAGCCGAUGCCCACGGCUGGCGCUGGGUGUUCUGGCUUCUGGUCAUCAUGAACGGGAGUGUUGCCUUGCUGUAUGCCGUCACGUGCCGGGAGACUUAUGCCCCGAUCCUGUUGGCACGAAAGGCAAUUAGGAUCCGAGAAGAAACCGGAAAUCAGGAGCUCUAUGCGCAGGGUCAGCAGAACAAGUUACCGUUAGGUCGGUUGUUAAGAAGGUCUAUUGUCCGCCCAACGAGGAUGCUACUAUUCUCUCCCAUAGUUACAGGGCUGUCUUUGUACAUCGCCACCGUGUAUGGUCUUGUCUAUCUCCUUUUCUCGACCUUUUCGUUCGUUUUCGAUGAUCAAUACCACAUUCCCGAAUCUAAUCGUGGCGUGGUGUACCUUGGCCUCGCCAUUGGGAUGCUCAUCUCGCUCAUAAUAUCGGGGGUUGUCUGCGAUUCGAUAUAUAAGCGCCUUACGAAGAAGCACGGAAAAGAAAAACCAGAAUAUCGUCUGGAGAGUAUGAUCUGGGGUGCGAUAGCAACCCCAGUGGGCUUAUUAAUUUACGGUUGGACGACUCAAUACUUGGUCCACCCGGCAGUCCCUAUCUUCGCUACAGGGUUUGUGGGAUUCGGCGUGACCUUUACCUAUAUACCUAUUCAGGUAUACCUAAUAGAUGCAUACACAAAAUAUUCCGCAAGCGCGACUGCAGCGGCAAGCGUUAUAAGAGCUAUUGCUGGCGCACUCUUGCCUUUGGCGGGCCUUCCCAUGUAUGACAGGCUAGGUCUCGGUUGGGGGAACUCCCUUCUUGCAUUCCUCGCCAUCGGCCUAGCCAUACUACCCCUUUACUUCGUCCGGGUCGGUGAAAGGUGGAGACAAAGGUUCUCGGUAGAAUUUGACUGA